CUCUUUUACUCAUGGCCAUCACCAGAAUGAAACUCCGAAACCCCACUAGCCCAUCCGCAUUUUGGUUCUUGUUCCUCCAUGUCAUGCUUCUCCACUCUCUGAGCUUAUUGCAGCCGAAUUACAGUACAAUUGCAAGCGCGUUAGGAAAUCACACUGAUAGGAUUGCUUUGCUCAAAUUCAAAGAAUCGAUCUCCAACGAUCCACACGGAAUCCUGAACAUGUGGAAUGACUCCAUUCACUUCUGUAGCUGGCCUGGAAUCGCUUGCAGCCGCCGCCGUCAGAGGGUAACAACCCUGAACCUAAGCGACUAUGACUUGCGAGGAACCAUAUCACCUUAUGGUGGGAACCUCUCUUUCCUGAGGGCCCUUGACCUCACAAAUAACAACUUUCUCGGCGAAAUCCCAAAGCAAGUCGGUCGUUUGUUCCGCCUGCAAUAUCUCUAUUUGUAUGACAACAUGUUGGAAGGUAAAAUCCCCGUUAACUUAAGCUAUUGCUCGAAAGUUAGGGCGAUAAGUAUCGGCAAAAACAGACUUAUUGGAUUGAUUCCUCACGAGCUUGGAUCUUUGGCGGAGCUUCGUUUUCUUAAUCUUGAAAAAAACAAUCUCACAGGAGGUAUCCCACCUUCCUUGGGAAACAUUUCAUCACUUGGAAAGUUUUUUGUAGGCAAUAACAAUCUCUUUGGAAGUGUUCCUGACGAGUUAGGGACAUUGAAAAGCUUAACUAUUUUUUCAAUAGGGCCUAACUCCUUAUCUGGUACAUUCCCCCGGUCCUUUUACAAUAUAUCCGCCAUGGUGGAGAUCUCAAUCACAAAUAACCAAUUAGAAGGCACUCUUCCUCUCACAAUCGGCCUCACACUCUCUAAUCUCCAAAUUGUUUAUAUGGGCGGUAACAAAUUCUCUGGAAUGAUCCCUUCAUCAUUUUCCAAUGCUUCCCGGCUUCAACGCCUUCAAUUGGCUGAAAAUAAUUUUGUAGGCCAAGUUCCAUCAAGUUUAGGGGCUCUACGAGAAUUGCGGCAUCUUAGUUUGGGCGGCAAUAGCCUAGGCAGUUAUUUGCCAAACAGUUUGGAUUUCAUUACACCUUUGACAAAUUGUAGCCAGAUGGAACUAUUGGCCCUUAGUGUCAACAAGUUUAGAGGUGUUUUACCAUACUCUGUAGCAAAUUUCUCAAAACUCAACCGACUUUAUCUCGGAGGCAAUCAAAUAUCCAGUAAUAAUCUUUCCGCCAUAGAAAAUCUUGCCAAUUUAAUCAUGUUGAGCCUUGAAUCUAACCUUCUCACCGGUGUCAUCCCUACAUCUUUAGGGAAGCUAAAAAAUUUGCGGUUUUUGUCUUUGGGGAGGAACAUGCUAUCAGGAAAAAUCCCCUCAUCCAUAGGGAACCUUACCCAAUUGUUUAAUCUUGAUCUAUCACACAACAGGCUAGAAGGGAGUAUUCCCACGAAAAUUGCCAAUUGUCAUAAUCUGCAAUUCGUUGCCAUUUCAAACAAUAGAUUGACUGGAGAAAUACCCAAAGAAAUUUUUUUAUUUCUUUCUUCAUCCAUCCAGCUCAACUUGUCAAAAAACUUCUUGACUGGCAACCUACCAGCAGAAGUGGGCAAGCUAAGAAAUCUCAAUACACUCGACCUUUCUGAAAACAAUUUGACCGGUAAAAUCCCAGAAACCAUUGGUGAUUGUCAGGUUUUGGACUCCCUUUAUCUGCAAGGGAAUUUCUUUCAGGAAAUCCUGCCUACUACUUUGGCUUCUUUGAAAGGUGUUCGGUACUUGGAUUUUUCACGUAAUAACUUGACAGGAGAAAUUCCAAAGGAUUUACAGAAACUUCGUAUUCUGUUGUACUUGAAUCUUUCUUUUAAUGAUUUUGUGGGGGAAGUGCCACAUGAAGGUGUAUUUGAGAACAUAAGUGCUGUCUCAUUAGUUGGAAAUAGUAAGCUUUGUGGAGGUGUACCAAAGUUGCAUCUUCAAGCAUGCCCCAGAAAGAAGUCUGAAAAGAGGGAAAUCAAUGGCCUCAAACUAACAAUCGUAAUAGUUUUGGCGGUAGCAUUUUUCCUUCUCUCCACAAGUACUUGCAUUAUUUUGCAUUUAAGGAGAUCAUCUCAAAGGAAAACAAGUGUCGAAGACCCAAAACAGAGUGUUCUUUUGAAAAUUUCGUACGAGAAGCUUUUUCAAGCUACCAAUGGAUUCUCUCCGAGCAUGUUGAUUGGAAGUGGUAGCUUCGGCUCUGUAUAUAAAGGCAUUCUUGAUCAGAAAGAAAAUCCAAUUGCUGUGAAGGUUCUCAAUCUCCAGCAAAAAGGAGCUGACAAGAGUUUCAUUGCUGAAUGUAAUGCAUUACAAAGUGUUAGGCACCGAAAUCUUGUUAAGAUCUUGACUUGUUGCUCUAGCAUAGAUUACAACGGCAAUGAAUUCAAGGCUCUAGUCUUUGAGUAUAUGUCCAAUGGAAGCCUUGAUAAGUGGUUGCAUCCAAUGAAUAAUGAUGAAAACCACUCGACACGUUUGAACCUACUUCAAAGACUGAAUAUCGCAAUCGAUGUGGCUUCUGUAAUUCACUAUCUUCAUGAAGAUUGUGACCAGCCGAUCGUUCACUGUGACUUGAAGCCUAGCAAUGUUCUUCUUGACAAUGAAAUGGUUGCCCAUGUAACUGAUUUCGGAUUAGCAAGGUUGAUCUCAAACACAACCAGCUUCUCGAAUGCUCAAACUAGCACAACUGGAAUGAAGGGAACAAUUGGCUAUGUCGCUCGAGAGUAUGGAAUGGGUGGAGGGCCAUCAAGAGAGGGUGAUGUAUAUAGUUAUGGCAUCCUUGUAUUGGAGAUGUUCACUGGAAAGAGACCCACCGAUGAAAUGUUCAAAGAUGAUUACAAUCUUCGAAACUUCGUUAGGACAGCCUUGCCAGAAAGACUUGUGGAAAUAGUGGACUCUUCUCUUUUCGCUAUAGAAGCAGAACAAAAUGCAAUGAUGAAAAGAGAAUUAGAUGCAAGGAAAAACGACAACAACAAUAUGGGAGGCAUGGAGAUAGAGAUUGAAGAAGGGUUAGGAAAUCAGAUCAGCAAUCAUCUGCAUAAUUGCUUGGUUUCAGUGUUGGAGAUUGGAAUUUCAUGUUCAAAAGAAUCCCCAAACGAAAGAAUGAACAUGGGAGAUGUUAUCCGGGAGCUACAAGAUAUCAGAAAUGCUUAUAUUAGCUUUGAGAACAGAGGUCAAAGACAAGGAGGAACCAAAUAAAAUAUAUCAGGUGCUGGAAACAUGUUCAACGAAAUCAAAUGGUCAUGGUCAAGAUUUUCUCUUGUGGCAAACUUUCGAGAAUAAAUAGGCUUUGGCGUCUGUACUUGCACAAACUGUUGCGCUGAAAAUUUUUAGUUUCUUCUAUUGUAUAAUCUAAGGGAUCUUAAUUUAUUCCAUUAA